AUUUUUAGUAUUACAUUUACAUUGAACAUACCCUUUUGGGCGUAUUUAAUACUUAGUCAGUGAGCGUACAAUUAUACAUUUUUUUGAAAUGAGUUUAAUAACACAAAUUCCAUGCAGUAUUUUACUGUGGACCUUACUCUGCACUCAGCUUGAAACACGAGUGCUUUACCUCCAAAAUUAUGAAGGUUCAAAACUGGAAGCACCCAGUCGUGUAGUUUAUACACAGCCACGGUCUGUGGUGAGCAUCGCCAGACCGGUAAAAUUGGUUUCCCGAGAUCUCGUCUCAACGAACGGCGGCAUACAGUUGGCAGAAGACACGUACAGUCCUUUUGUGGGCAUCAAGCCCGUCUCUGUAUGGAGAAGAUUAUUCGGUGGCCAAAAUGAACCUACGCCAGUAAUCCUGCUGAGAACCACAGCGAUACCGGAAACGCGCAGCAUCGUAUUGCCUAAGAAAGUAAGUGCGCGUUGUCUCGAGUGCAGUGAAAGAAUGCACCCGCGACGAGAACCCGUCGAGAAGCAAAGUGUGAAGCACAAAAUCCACAUGUCGGACAAUAAUAGUAAAUAUACGAAAGCCAAAAAGCCCCAACCGAAAACCCAAGGCGGUCCAAGAGAUCAGCGACCAAAAGUAGUGCCGACGAAAUUGGAAUACAACAAUAAUAAUACUAUAAAACUAUUAUCUAAGCCGAAACUCAAUAGUUCUAAGAAACAAGAUAAACGCGUCCGCGGCGAUGCCAGUGAAGAAAUCGACGACGACGAAUCCGACGAAUACCAAAGACCGACCAAAAGUAAACCGCACAUUGAACGCAAUAAAUCGAAACUCAUCAGUUCUAAGAAACAAGAUAAACGCGUCCGCAGUGAUGAAGAAAUCGACGACGACGAAGACGAUUCUGAUGAAUACCAAAGACCGACCAAAAGCAAGCCGCACAAAGAACUUAAACCGAAAACCGACUUAAAAGGUAAGGGAAAAAAUAAUUAUUCCCAGGAAGAAAAACACCCACUUCCCGCGGCGAAAAAAGAAGGUCAAACCAAAACCGUUCCAAGUAAAAACGAUAAACCCGAACCGAUAAGAAAACCCGUUGGAAAUCCCAAAGAAAAACCGACCAAGGACGAAGGAAAACACAACGGCGACCACUCGGACGGCAGCCAAGGAAAUGAGCCCAAAGCCGACGACAACGGUAAAAAUAUUAAAGUAUACAAGUUGAAAGAGCCCAUUGGCUACGAAUAUGGUUACGACGACAUCUUGGAGAGCUACGAAGCGUCGGACGACGAUGAAGACAAUUGAUAUUACAAUAGUGCAUAUUAUGUCGGCCGAAAUGUAAUUGUUUUUGACUUGAAUAAUCACAUUUUUCGCUGUGUAAUUUUCUUUUUAUUAUCGUUUACUCGUUAAGACGUUCAUUGGUUGUUUGUCGAAACCUAGAGAGUAGUCAUAUUAUUAUGGUCAAUAAAAAAUUAUUUUGUAAUGGUAAGCA